AUGGCUUGCUACGACCGCUGCCGACCCUGCGGACCCACCCCGCUGGCCAACAGCUGCAACGAGCCCUGUGCCCUGCAAUGCCAGGAUUCCCGUGUCAUCAUCGACCCUGCCCCUGUGCUGGUCACCCUGCCAGGACCCAUCAUGACCUCCUUCCCCCAGAGCACCGCCGUCGGAUCCACCUCCUCCGCUGCUCUGGGCACUGAGCUCAGUGCCCAGGGACAGCCCAUCUCUGCUGGAUUUGGUGGCUUUGGCCUUGGCUAUGGCCAUGGAUUUGGCUAUGGCUGUGGUUUUGGCUACGGGCAGGGCUAUGGCUAUGGCCUGGGCUGCUAUGGCAGAAGGAGCUAUGGCUACAACUGCUAAGGGAUCUCAGCAACCAGUCCUGCAAGCAAAGCACCUUUGCUGGUCAUUUUCCUACUUGUACCUCUCACGAGAUCCCGACUUCUCCUUUCUCCUGUCCCUUCAUUCCUGUGCCUCAAUAAAGUUGUCCUGCAUCAAAGCCUCAUACGCGUCCUGCUCUUCUGUAAUUCCAGUGGUCUCACAGCCUUACCAUGCACAUUCCACACCUCAACAAG